AACCUCUCGGCUUUUGUCAGACUUUAUCCUUUGCUUGUGCGCCUCUAGCUGAAUAGUUACUGUGCUCCUGGAAUCAUCAUUUUUACCAUUACAAUCACACUACGUCUUCUUUGACAAUGGAUGCAAUGUCCGGCAGUGAGAUUUCCAGCAAUCCAGACCAAAAUUAUGCUAGUAUAACUCUCAAUUCUUUCAAGAUACCGCAGUUGCCUCAAUUAAGCAGCAAAGUCGAAGGCAUUGCAUUGAUCUCCGACAUCGAGCAUGUGGAGUACGAAACAACACUCCAGCAAGGCUAUGGCGGCAUAAAACACCUUCCACCCUCCAUUUUGGAUAUCACGUUGGGUGGCUUUUCUUCUGGAUUUCCAAUGGGCUUUCUCACAGCUCUUGGUCAACAAUUACAGCAUCUUCAAUCAUUUGCUGUUAGAAAUUCGCUGCUUGGAGGCGAAUCGGAAGAAUCACACAAAGACACCGUAGAAUUCUUCAAGCAUGCGACGGAACUGGUCGAUUUGCGUUUCGAGAACGUCUUUGCCUAUCCCGGAUUUUUUGCAACGCUGGGUGAUAUUAUUACAACAAGUAAAAAGAGUUGCUUGCAAGCCUUGGACAUUAGCUAUGUUUUCCAGAACCAGGAUGAGAAAUUUCACGAACGGAUUGCUUCAACAGAGAUGCAUAGAUUGGUUGGACCGUCUUUGACACAUCUUGGAUUGGAUUUCUCUGCAGAGAUAUCACAAGGCACCGGUGUUGUUCCUUUCCCGCCAUCGUCUUCUGUCGCCCUGGUUGAUGCAUUAACGGGACCGGAUGCGCCCGUUGACCUUGUCCGACUCGAUAUGGUAAUGUAUUGUCUGACGCUGGAGCAAUUAUUUGGACUGUUGCAGAAACAUGGCAAUUUGCGCUGGCUUUCCGCUGCUUUAAAGAUUGAAGCCACAGAACAGAACAAGUAUGGUAUCCUUGCGGCAUUGGCAAAUUGUCCAAAGUUGGAGCAUGUCGAAAUAAUCGGGUAUCCGUCUCUCGAAAAUCAACAAGCUGUUCCGGACUUGAAACAAGCGGUGUUCGAUGUUGCCCUUCCAUGUGCGAGGGAUAUUCAGCUGCUUGCCGAUGAGAGACACCACUGCCCGCGUCUAGUCGAUUUUUCGUGCAACAUUCUGCGAAAUCCAAUGCUUGGCGAAGUCGUUUGGGAAAGAGAAAGUGAGACUGGUAGGACAUGAAACACGAACUAGAGGCGAUGAUGCAUUCAGUGGUGCGGAGCUGAGAGACCGAUGAAACGCUUUACAGAGGAAUUCCUGUUCCUCCCCGAUUUCGUUGACCACUGACAGAUGAACAACUCUGAAGGAAUUCACGACGAUAGAGAUCGAGAAAUUUUUUGUCGACCGACUAGAUAUAGAAUGAAGAUUUAUUUAGAUGUUUAUAAUUUAUUUUUAAGAAUGAUCAAACCAGAUUAUCACAAUCAGACUAUCGUUUCCCAC